AAUUUUUAGAAGUCACUUUUCCCCCUUCUAUUUUUUUUCGUGCGCACAAGUUGGCCAGUUGAUGUCGAUGACUGUCUGAACUCAGUGAGUGAAAAUGGAGGAAAUCGGCAUCAUCGUCUCCGAAAAGGAGGAUCUCAGCCUCGAUGCAAAGCCCACUCUUCUACCACAAUGUAGCCCUCUCGAUGAUUUAGAUGUUGAAGAUCUCUACACCAAGUUUAAAACUCUUCAGCGCCAACUUGAAUUCUUAGCUGUUCAAGAAGAGUACAUCAAAGAUGAACAGCGCAACCUGAAGAAAGAGUACUUGCAUGCUCAAGAAGAAGUGAAGCGAAUUCAAAGUGUUCCUCUGGUUAUAGGACAGUUCUUAGAAGCAGUUGAUCAGAACACAGGAAUUGUUGGCAGUACAACUGGUUCAAACUACUAUGUAAGAAUUCUCUCCACUAUUGACCGAGAAUUAUUAAAGCCCUCAGCCAGUGUUGCUUUACACAAACACAGUAAUGCUCUUGUCGAUGUAUUACCUCCUGAGGCAGAUUCCUCCAUAUCUAUGCUGCAAGCAGAUGAGAAACCCGAUGUACAGUAUGCAGAUAUUGGUGGCAUGGACAUGCAGAAGCAGGAAAUUCGUGAGGCAGUAGAGCUGCCACUGACCCACUUUGAACUUUACAAACAGAUUGGUAUUGACCCGCCCAGAGGUGUCCUUAUGUAUGGUCCCCCUGGUUGUGGCAAGACCAUGCUUGCUAAGGCUGUUGCCCACCACACCACAGCUGCAUUCAUCAGAGUGGUCGGUUCAGAGUUUGUGCAGAAAUAUCUUGGUGAAGGCCCUCGUAUGGUCAGGGAUGUAUUCAGACUUGCCAAAGAAAAUUCUCCUGCAAUCAUUUUCAUUGAUGAAAUUGACGCUAUUGCGACCAAGCGUUUUGAUGCACAAACUGGAGCUGAUCGAGAAGUUCAGAGAAUUUUAUUGGAGCUUCUUAACCAGAUGGAUGGUUUUGACCAAACAACUAAUGUUAAGGUUAUUAUGGCUACAAACAGAGCUGACACCCUAGACCCUGCUCUUCUUCGUCCUGGUCGUUUGGACCGUAAAAUAGAGUUCCCCUUACCAGACAGGAGGCAAAAGCGACUUGUAUUUGCCACCAUUACUGCUAGAAUGAACUUGAGUGACGAAGUUGAUCUCGAGGAUUAUGUUGCAAGGCCAGACCACAUCUCUGGUGCUGAUAUCAAUGCCAUCUGCCAAGAGGCUGGUAUGCAUGCAGUGCGAGAAAACCGUUACAUCGUUCUAGCUAAAGAUUUUGAAAAGGGCUACAAAAAUAAUAUCAAGAAGGAAGAAUCUGAGCAUGAAUUUUACAAAUAAGCUAUAUCUGCACUGUGUGGGCAAGCUUAGACUUAUUAUGUCAUUCAUCAUAAAAUCAAUCCAAAUUAAACUACAUGUUUAUAGAUUUCUGCAAAAACAAAAACCGGCAAAAAACGAAAGCAAAUUCAACUGUUUUGUUUUUCAACUUCUGAAAUUAGACUGAGGGAUGUAUGCAAAAGAUGGUAAAGAGGGAAUGCAGAUGUUGGAUGUAUUGUAACUUGUAUCAUAACGAGAUUUUUUUUUAGAAAGGCUAAUAAAUAUUAUUAACAAAG